AUGGAAGGCGAUGAGCUAGGAGCCGAGUUAGUGAGACUCGAUAAUGGAUUCUUAGUGGACGAGGAGACUUACGUUGUAAAAUCCGACGACUGUCUAGAUCCUGAUGGUAACAACUCAGACUCAAAUAGUGGCUACAAAAAUACACCAUUGCGUGAACAAGACAGAUUCUUGCCAAUUGCAAAUAUAGCAAAGAUUAUGAAACGGGGUAUUCCAGAGAAGGGAAAAAUAGCAAAAGAUGCUCGCGAAUGUGUUCAAGAGUGCAUAUCUGAAUUUGUCUCCUUCAUCACAAGUGAAGCAAGUGAGAGAUGCAAAAUGGAGAAGCGGAAAACAAUUAAUGGAGAGGAUAUACUAUUUGCUAUGAAUACUCUCGGAUUUGACAAUUACGUUGAGCCUUUGAAAAUCUAUUUAAAGAAAUAUAGAGAGUUUGUUCUAUCACCCGUCACUAUCAACAAAUUAAACAAAACUAUAGUCUUAUAUAGUAAGUUCUUUAAAUUAUUAGUCUUAAGAUAG